AUCAUCUCCUCAGCUACUAUAUUUUCUCUUUCAUUGUUAUUUUUCUUUUUGGUGCUUUUUUUUUUUUUUAAUUUAAUAAUAAUUUCUCAAAUUUAAUUUCGGUGAGUUUUGUUCACAAUCUAUAUAGAGAGAUUUUCUCAACAGUUUUUUUUUGCUGUUUAUACUUGAAUACUUUUUUCCACUUUUCAGUUUUUUGGUGCUCCUUUUUUGUUGUUACGGAACUGAAAAUGGAGAAAUGUAGUUGAACUUAAAAAGGAUGAGAUGUUUGUUUUGUUUAACUCAAUUGCUGCUAAUUUAAGCUAAAAGUUAGCUUUGAUUUUACUAUUUGUGAUUGGAAUUCAGUACGGACGGUUGUUUUUGGGAAUGUUCUGUUGAAAUUUAGUACGGACGGUUGUUGUUUUAGAAUAAUUUCGUCUGAGAAUAAUUUUUUUCUAGGUGUGUGAAUUCAGAGGCUUUUGUCUAAUGGAAGCUUUGAUUUCACUAUUUAUGAUUGAAAUUUAGUACGUACGGUUGUUUUGGAGAAUAACUUUGUUGUAGGUGUGUUCGUCAAAUGUAGCUUUGAUUUCAUUAUUUGUGAUUGGAAUUUAGUACGAACGGUUUUUUUUGAGAAUAAUUUUGUUCUAGGUGUGUGAAUUCAGGUUUUCAUGAAAAGUGGCUUUGAUUUCAUUAUUUGUGAUUGGAAUUUAGUACGGAAGGUUGUUUUUUGAGAAUAAUUUUGUUCUAGGUGUGUGAAUUCAGAGUUUUUUGUGUAAUGGAAGCUCGGGAUUUUCAUGGUCCAGUUGUGUCAAAUUUGGAGUUCGGUGGUGGAAAGAAGGCUGGUGAAUGGGAUUUGAAUGAUUGGGUAUGGGAUGGUGAUAGAUUUACUGUAGCACCAUUGAAUAAGGAGAUUCCGGUGGUUCCAGUAACUACCGGAAUCUCCGAUGUUUUUUCAUCCGAACGUUCAGAUGAAUUGACUCUAGGAAAAGGUAAAGAAAUGGAGAAAAGGAGGCGAACAAUUGUAAUUGAAGACGAUGAUGAUGAUGGGCAGAAUGGUGGUGAAGAUGGAUUGCUUAAUUUGAAGCUUGGUGAACAGUUGUAUCCUGUGAUGGAAGGGGAAGGGGAAAAAUGGGAAGGAAAGAGUGGUAAAAAAGCGAAAAUUGGUGGGGUUUCAUCAAAUCGUACAAUUUGUCAAGUGCAGGAUUGUCAAGUUGAUUUGAGUAUGUCUAAAGAUUACCAUCGACGACAUAAAGUGUGUGGUGUGCAUUCCAAAGCAGCACAAGCGUUGGUUGGGAAUGUAAUGCAACGGUUUUGUCAGCAGUGUAGUAGGUUUCAUGUUCUGGAAGAGUUUGAUGAGGGGAAGCGGAGCUGUCGUAGGCGUUUAGCUGGUCAUAACAAACGAAGAAGAAAAACAAAUCCAGAAAAUGUAGCAAAUGGAGCCUCCAUGAAUGAUGAGGGUGGUAAUAACUACUUACUGGUUAGUCUGCUGAGGAUACUGGCCAAUGUACAGUUCAAUAGCUCAGAUCAAGCUAAAGACCAGGAUCUAUUAUCAUAUCUGCUGAGAAACUUAGCUAGUCUGGCUGGUGCAAAUAAUGAGAGGAAUGUAUCGGGCUUGUUGCCUGCACCUUCAGGUCCGCAGAAUGCAUGGACAUCUAUGGGGGCUCCAAAAGAGGUCUCUCUCAGCCCUAAUGGGAAUUGUUCGACUAUACCUGCAUCAGAAGUGACAGAGAAGAGAAUAGGCAGCACGAGUGAUGCUGAACGUGGGAUUUCACGAAAUCCUUGUGCUGCGCAGCCUGGCUCUGUGUGUUGUAGAAAAGAGAGCUUACCUAUCAAUACAAAUGCUUCAGCCACCACAUCUGCACCGUUGAAGCUAAAUAUUGAUUUGAAUAACAUCUAUGAUGAUUCUCAAGUUGAUAUUCAAAAGCUGCAGAAUUCUGUUGCCUUUGCAAAUGCAGGGGCUGCAUCUUCUGCCUGCCCUCCAUCGAUAAGUCAUGACCCUCACAAGUCAAGCUCCACAAGGACAAGUUGGAACUCAGGGUCCACCUCGUCCCUUUCACCGUCUAGUUCAAGUGGAGAGGCUCAGAGUCGAACCGAUCGUAUUGUCUUUAAACUCUUUGGAAAAGAUCCUGGUGAAUUACCUACAGCCUUGCGGAAGCAGAUUCUUGAUUGGCUAUCACACAGUCCUUCAAAUAUUGAAAGCUACAUUAGACCUGGUUGUAUUAUACUUACAAUAUAUCUUCGGAUGGAUAAAUCCACAUGGGAGAAGCUUUAUUGUGAUCUUAACUCUAGUUUGAGGAAGCUUCUUAAUGCAUCCACUUGUUCAUUUUGGCAUACUGGAUGGGUUUAUACAAGGGUGAACGAUCGAGUGGCAUUUUUGUAUAAUGGGCAGGUUGUUCUGGAUACCUCCUUGCCAAUUAGAAGCCAUGGAAGCUGUGGGAUAUCAAUCAUCAAACCUAUUGCAGUUUGUGCCUCUGAAAGUGUUCAAUUUUUGGUGAAAGGCUUUAAUCUAUCUCGUCCCACUACAAGGUUAUUAUGUGCCCUGGAAGGGAAAUACCUCGUGCAGGGAAAUUGUAUUGAUAUGAUGAUGGAAGGAGCUGAUUCUUGUAUGAACCAUGAAGAGAUCCAGUCUGUUAGCGUUCCUUGUAUUGUGCCAAAUGUUACUGGAAGAGGGUUCAUUGAGGUCGAGGACCAUGGUCUUAGCAGCAACUUCUUCCCAUUUAUAGUUGCAGAGAAAGACGUUUGUUCUGAGAUACGUACAUUGGAAAGCAUUAUUGAGUUUGCUAAAAUGACCGAUGGUUUUCUGCAAGGAACUCAAGAAUUUCAAGCCAGGGACCAAGCUCUGGACUUUUUACAUGAAUUGGGUUGGCUGCUUCAUAGAAGUCAUUUGAAAUUUAGAGUGGAUUCUGGUGCCGACUUGAAUCCCUUUACUUUUCAGAGAUUCAAGUGGCUUAUAGAUUUCUCCGUUGACCAUGACUGGUGUGCUGUAGUAAAGAAACUGUUGGAUGUAUUCUUCAAUGGCGCUGUAGAUGUAGGACAAGAGUCAUCAUUAGACGUUCCAUUGCGGGAGGUUGGCCUCCUUCAUCGAGCUGUGAGGAGAAAGUGCAGAGCCAUGGUAGAUGUCCUCUUGAAAUAUCGUCAUCGUGGAGCUUUUGACUUAUCAGGACUGCAAAAGCAACAAGAUGAUCGUGGCUAUUUAUUUAGACCUGAUGCAGUGGGUCCUGGGGGUUUGACUCCACUUCAUGUUGUUGCUAGUCUUGCUGGCUGUGAGAAUCUUUUGAAUGCAUUAAUUGACGAUCCAGGACAGGUGGGAAUUGAAGCCUGGAAAAGUGCACGUGACAGUACCGGACUGACACCUAAUGAUUAUGCAUGCCUACGAGGCCAUUACUCAUACGUCCAUAUGGUCCAGAAAAAAAUCAACGAGAAACCAGAUGACGGGCAUGUUGUUCUCGAUAUCCCUGGUUCGUAUGGUCAUAAGUCGGUAAAAAUAGCUAGCUUUCAAACAGAGAAGUCGUUAGAGAAACCAAUUCACAGACAAUGCAAACAGUGCAAGCAGAUAUUGUCUUAUCGAAACUCAGGAACAUCACUUAUAUACAAACCGGCAAUGCUUUCUGUGGUUGGCAUUGCUGUCAUAUGUGUUUGUGUAGCUUUGCUGUUCAAAAGUUUGCCGGAUGUUCAUUAUUCGUUCAGACCCUUCAGGUGGGAUCUGCUGAAGUACGGAUCCAUCUAAAAUAGGUAUAGCCUUAUGUUUUAAGAGAGAAAUAUAGGAAUGCCAUGACUUGUUUUUUCUUCUGAAUUUAUAUGCCACGAUAUAAUUGUAGAGUUCCAACUCUGUAUAUUUGUUUUCGCUAAUUUGUCAUAAAAUACACAAGAAGCUCUAACUAUAUAUAAUAGGGAAUUUGUUCUUUUUAUUA